ACACCUGAGGAGCUAGAAGAUGUAUCUGACCUUGAAGAUGACCAUGAUGCACGUAGUCGUACCAGUAUUCAGACUGAAGGCAAAACUGACAGGGUAUUGGCAAGGCACAGUGCCAGAGCCAAGAUGACUCAACUGCCAGAGGCUGAAAAGGAAAAGAUAGCUGAGCAAGUGGCUGACUUCAAAAAAGUCAAGAGUAAACUUGAUGCAGAAAUUGAAAUAUGGGACGAUACCAGCAAUGACAUCAUUGUCUUGGCCAAGAGGAUGUGUGUGAUUAUGAUGGAGAUGACUGACUUCACAAGGGGCAGAGGACCACUGAAGAACACAUCUGAUGUAAUUAAUGCAGCAAAAAUGAUUUCUGAAUCAGGAUCAAGGAUGGAUGUCCUUGCACGGCUGAUUGCCAAUCAGUGUCCAGACCAGCCCUGCAAACAGGAUUUAUUGGCUUACCUAGAACAGAUCAAGCUGUACUCACAUCAACUCAAAAUCUGCAGUCAAGUUAAAGCAGAAAUCCAGAGUUUAGGUGGAGAGCUCAUCAUGUCAGCUCUGGAGAGCGUCACUUCACUAAUCCAGGCUGCCAAAAAUUUAAUGAAUGCCGUGGUGCAGACAGUGAAGAUGUCCUAUAUUGCAUCCACAAAGAUUAUCAAGAUCCAGAGUUCUACUGGCCCACGACACCCUGUUGUGAUGUGGAGGAUGAAGGCUCCAGAAAAGAAGCCCCUCAUUAAAAGAGAGAAGCCAGAAGACAUCUAUGCAGCUGUCAGAAAGGGCUCUGCAAAGAAGAGAAUCCAUCCCGUUCAAGUCAUGAGUGAAUUUAGAGGCAGAGUAGUGUAA